ACGUGAAACUCUGCGAAAAUAAAGAAAAAAACUGGCCAAAGUUGGUCUCUCUUUGACUGAAUGACCGUGUCGACGAGGGCGACGAGUGAGACGCUAAAACAAAAAACCAAGAAUAUUGCAGAAAAGAUCUUGUAGAACAGAUCUCCUUUUUGCAGAACAAAGGAAAUAAUUCCUUCUUUUUUUUGCUUUUUGUCGACUUCCACUGGAGCAGCCAGCCGCCAGCAUGAAAAUCACGCUUGCUGUGUUAUUUUUGGCGGCACUAACAAUUUAUUGCAAAUGUACGACGGUAUUAUCUUUACCACCAUCGCUUAUCGCCCAGGCGGCUGCGGUGGCGGCAUCCUUGGAGGAAACACCAACUCCAAAGGCGAUGGAAGAUCAACAGAAUAAUGCGGCGGCAGCAGAAGCAGCCACAGCAGCUCUUAACCGGCACAAUGAAGGUCGUGGCGAAGGUGAAACUGAAAAUGCGGGCCCCCCAACCAUUGCAAUGUUGAACAAUUUCCAGAACCUAUGGCCGUCGAAGAAUUUUCCUUUCGAAAAACGUGAGCAGAAAACCUUUGAAGAUGAUAUCGCCGCUUUGGCUCCGACACAGGCACAGCAACAGCGUUUGCUAUUGCAGCAGUCCAUGGCAGCAAUUAAGAAUAACAAAAAUGCCCAAGGGCAGAGACAACAACACCAACAACAACAAUAUGUUAAAGGUAGUAAUAAACUGAAUGAAAUGGUAUCAAGCGCCAGCAAUUUCAAACACCUUAAUGUGGGAGAAGGGGAUCAUGAUCAUUAUCAGGAUGAUGAUGAUGAUGGAGACGAUGAGGUGGAAACCAUCCAAGAGCAAGAUGAGGAAAAUAAACGUGGCCUCUUUCCAACCAUGCCCGUUGUGGAUGAUGAGGACUAUGAAACGACUGCUGAUCCGGAAUUUGAUUCCAAUGAAUGGUUGGAUCCCCACACUGCCAUGGAAAAAUCAAAAUCACCAUUUCCACGGACUUUCAUGCCAGACCAGAAACCGUCUGCUGUUCCUCACAAAUUUCUGACAUCUUUCGCAUAUCCAACCGCAGCAGCAGCAGCAGGCAAACUGCCAUGUCAGACAGAAAUGGAAAACAAUUGCCUGCCAGAGGAUUAUUAUCACAAUGCCCUCAAUGCGAACAGGGACACCAAUUUUGUGAAAUCCAACUAUGUCGCAUCCGCACCCCUGGUUUCGGCAAUUUUACAACAAAUCCAAGAGCCCAACUCUCCCAUGGAAUUGCUGGAUGAGCAAAAAACAGAUGCUGAUAUUUUGUUGCUACUGACGGCCCAACAAAAUCUAAUGCAAUUUCUAAACUGGGCCAUGACCGAACUAUAUCCCUAUGGCAAAAAUUGA